UGCUGCUAAUGCUCUACCAAAUAAGGAAAGAUUUUCUACAGAAAAUAUUCCCAACAGUUUCUGUUAAUCAGAUCAACACCCACUCACCGCCAUGAUUCUGUUACAGUAGAUAUUAAAAUCAACGACAAACCCCAAAUAUAAUUUGUUUCUAGUUUCUCUUCUCUAUUUCAAUUAGUUAUUCAGCACAAUGAAAACACCUGAAACUAAUGGAUAAAAGAAGAGAAGAAGAAGAAGACACAAAGGAAUUGUUUAAGAACAUCAUGGAAGGUUACAGUGACAAGGUUAUACCAUUUUUGUCUGAUUUAAUUACUGACAACAACGACAAAAACAUCACUGACGGAAAUGCUAGUGCCGAUCAGAUGGUGGAAACUUGUUUUUCAAUCAAGAAGAAAGGAAGUACUAAAAGAGUAAAAGCAGAAGUUUCCCAUCAAUCGUUAGUACCAAUGGAGAUUAUUCAGAAAAAAAGUAGGAGAGAUUUGAUCCAACCACAUUUAUCUGAGAAAGAAAGAAGAAUUAAAAUGGCUGAAAAAUACUCUGUUCUUCGAUCUCUGCUUGCUAAUCUAAAAUAUAAGAGAUCACAAACUGUGAUAAUAGAAGAAGCGGUAAAAUGCAUAAAGAAUCUUGAAGAAGAAUUUGAAAAAUUAGAAGAAUCAAAGAAGAAGAAGAGGAAAGAAUUAUCUAAAACAACAAAUUCAUUCAGAAACUCAAUUGUUGAUGUAACAGUUUCAGGUCAGGCAGCUUUUUUUGGGAUACAAGUAGAAAUUAACAACAGUGCUGAAGAACCAUUUUUAUUCUCAAGGGUGAUGAAAGUGUUUGAAUAUUACGAAACAGAGAUACUAACAACAACAAUCACUACAAGAAAUGAGUUGAAGAUGAAGAUCAUAAGAUUAAGUGUGAGUGUUUUGAUUAAUGAAGCCGGAGGGGGAAGUAUUGAGGAAAUUAAAAAGGGUAUUAAUAGAUUAUUUGUAUAAAGUUAAUUACUAGU